UUGUUUAAGAAUUAGCUUAGAAAUAGGAAAUAAAGAGUACAAUUACAGGACAUGUAUGAAUAGAGAAUUUUAAGUGGACAUGUGUCUUUAUGUUUUAAAUGGUCUUGGAUAAAAAUGUACAGUGAUAUGUCCAAGACCUUGUCUUCUCCUCUGUGCUCCCCUCAUUUAUGUACUUGUCUUAUUUCUCUUCUGAGGGCAACAUUCAGGUCUUAUUAUUCAUCUCUGCAGCCCCAGAACCUAUCACAGAAUAUGUCUGCUCAAUGAAUGUUGAGUAACUUAAGUUUGACAUUAAGUUCUUUUGAUUAGCAAAUGAGUGCCAAGUGUAUACAGAGACAGACAGCAGUUAAGAAAGAGGGUCAUAUGGGUAGGGAGGACCAAGAAAUGUGCAUUGGAUUGAGGGGUUCAGAUUAUGGUUGUACAAUGGGUUCAGAUUAUGGUUGUACAAUGAUAGGCUCUGAACUAUUAGUUAAUUCAUUGUUUUCAUUGUUUCUUCACUAUUAAGAGGUAUGAAUCCCUGGUAUAAUUAGAUGAAAAUCUCCCAAAGAACAACUAAAUGACUCAAGAAUGGAACUGCAGUAGGAGGGAAUUAUAAAGAUGCUAGGGCUUUGUCUGUUGGAGGAGCACUAGGGAUUAAUCCCAGGGGUGUUUUACCACUAAGCUACAUCUAGGUCCUUUUAUUUUGAGCCAGAGUCUUGCUUAGUUGCUGAGGGUCUCACUAAAUUACGGAGGCUGCCUUGAACUUAGGAUCCUCCUGCCUUAGCCUCCCAAAUUGCUGAGAUUGUAGAUAUGGACCACCAUGCCUGGCUCAUUUCAAAAGACGAAGGUACAAAAAAGAUUAUUUAAUGAGAUGUAUAUUUUAUAUCUGGGGAAAAAUAAAAGUGCUAUUUUGCAAUGAAACUAAUUGUUUAAGAAGUUGAAAAUAUAAAUAUUUUUUAAUGUUGUGACGGCUCUCUUUUUUUGCUGUGAUACUUAGGUAAAUGUUAUUAGCCUUUGAGAUAGACAUAAUGGAUAAUGAAUAAUCAUGACCACCAGGAACCGUAAUGUCUAAGCUAUACAUUGAAUCCUUGGCCUGAAUAUAUUAACACACGUCUUGAGAUGUAUAAUAAACUAAAAGCAGAGCAUGAUUCCAUUCUAGCAGAAAAGGCAGAAAAAGAUAGCAAGCCGAUUAAAGUCACUCUACCCGAUGGUAAACAGGUCAAUGCAGAAUCCUGGAAAACUACACCUUAUCAAAUUGCUUGUGGAAUUAGUCAAGGCCUGGCUGACAACACUGUUAUUGCUAAAGUGAACAAAGUUGUUUGGGACCUAGACCGCCCACUGGAGGGAGAUUGUACUUUGGAGCUUCUCAAAUUUGAGGAUGAGGAAGCACAAGCAGUAUAUUGGCAUUCAAGUGCUCACAUCAUGGGUGAGGCCAUGGAAAGAGUCUAUGGUGGAUGUUUAUGUUAUGGUCCACCAAUAGAGAAUGGGUUCUAUUAUGACAUGUACCUCGAAGAGGGGGGUGUAUCCAGCAAUGAUUUCUCUUCUUUGGAGACUUUGUGUAAGAAAAUCAUUAAAGAAAAACAAGCUUUUGAAAGAUUGGAAGUUAAAAAGGAAACCUUAUUGGAAAUGUUUAAGUACAACAAGUUCAAGUGCCGGAUAUUGAAUGAAAAAGUAAAUACUCCAACUACAACGGUCUAUAGGUGUGGUCCCUUGAUAGAUCUCUGCCGGGGUCCUCAUGUCAGACACACUGGCAAAAUUAAGGCUUUAAAAAUACACAAAAAUUCUUCCACAUACUGGGAAGGCAAAGCCGAUAUGGAGACCCUCCAGAGAAUUUAUGGCAUUUCAUUCCCUGAUCCCAAAAUGUUGAAAGAAUGGGAGAAGUUCCAAGAGGAGGCUAAAAACCGAGAUCAUAGAAAAAUUGGGAGGGAUCAAGAACUAUAUUUCUUCCAUGAGCUCAGCCCUGGAAGUUGCUUUUUCCUGCCCAAGGGAGCUUACAUUUAUAAUACACUUGUGGAGUUCAUCAGGAGUGAAUAUAGGAAAAGAGGAUUCCAGGAGGUAGUCACUCCAAACAUCUACAAUAGCCGACUCUGGAUGACCUCAGGCCACUGGCAGCACUACAGUGAGAACAUGUUCUCCUUUGAGGUGGAGAAGGAGCAAUUUGCUCUUAAACCCAUGAACUGCCCAGGACACUGCCUCAUGUUUGAUCAUCGUCCAAGAUCCUGGCGAGAGCUGCCUCUGCGGGUAGCUGAUUUUGGGGUACUUCAUAGGAACGAGCUAUCAGGAGCACUCACAGGACUCACCCGGGUACGAAGAUUCCAACAGGAUGAUGCACACAUAUUCUGUGCCAUGGAGCAGAUUGAGGAUGAAAUAAAAGGUUGUUUGGAUUUUCUGCGUACAGUAUAUAAUGUAUUUGGAUUUUCUUUUAAAUUGAACCUUUCUACUCGCCCAGAAAAAUUCCUUGGAGAUAUUGAAGUUUGGAAUCAAGCUGAGAAGCAACUUGAAAACAGCCUGAAUGAAUUUGGUGAAAAGUGGGAGUUAAAUCCUGGUGAUGGAGCUUUCUAUGGUCCAAAGAUUGACAUACAGAUAAAAGAUGCAAUUGGUCGCUACCACCAGUGUGCAACAAUUCAGCUAGAUUUUCAGUUGCCCAUCAGAUUUAAUCUUACUUUUGUAAGCCAUGAUGGUGAUGACAAAAAAAGGCCAGUGAUUAUUCAUCGAGCCAUCUUGGGGUCAGUGGAAAGAAUGAUUGCUAUCCUCACUGAAAACUAUGGGGGCAAAUGGCCUUUCUGGCUAUCUCCUCGCCAGGUAAUGGUAGUUCCAGUGGGGCCAACAUGUGAUGAAUAUGCUCAACAGGUACGACAACAAUUCCAUGAUGCUAUGUUCAUGGCAGACAUUGAUCUGGAUCCAGGCUGUACCUUGAAUAAGAAGAUCAGAAAUGCACAAUUAGCACAGUAUAACUUCAUCCUAGUUGUUGGUGAAAAAGAGAAAACCAGUGGCACUGUUAAUAUCCGUACAAGAGACAAUAAGGUCCACGGUGAACGUACUGUUUCUGAAACCAUUGAACGGCUGCAGCAACUCAAGCAAUCUCGCAGCAAACAGGCAGAAGAAGAAUUUUAACAUAGAACUUUGUCCACACUGGCUAAGUGGAAAUGGAGUCCAUCUGGAACACAUUAAUUCACACUUAGUCUUGGUAGCUCAGCAGAGUCUGCCUAGAUGAUUGCAGGAUCAACCUUUUUUGACCUAGAUAGGUUUUUGACAAUGAGUAUUUGAUAGAGUUAAUUAAGAGACCCAUUAAAUUAUUUUUAUUCAUUAAAUAUCUGAGCAAUGGUAGAACAUGAAGAAUCCUUUAGUAUAACAUGGGAAGAUUUUUUGUAAAUUUAAUACAUUGGAAAUUUUUUUGGGGAUUCAAUUAAGAUAAAAGAAAGCCUAGGAUUGGAUUAUGAUGUAAAAAUAAAAAUUAUUAACAAACUUCAA